AUGCCGGCCCGAAACAACCGUAAAUCAACUGUUCGUCGACGUGCUGCUCGCGCAACCACAGGCAAAAAUCCAAUCCUUAACCAUCCUCGACCACCCACACGCUCCUACUCAUCGGACGAUUCAUCCUUUUGGGAUUUUCUCCGCGACUUACCUCAACCCUACGACUAUCCAAUUGCAACUACCAACUCCACCACGCCCGCCACACCCAUUCCAGAACCACCUCCACGUUCAACAACAGCACCGUCGUCGUCGUCGUCCUCUGAACCAGAAAAUCCUGCCAAGAAGAGAAAAGUUGAAAAAAUUGGCGAUCAACUUGUACCGGAAGAAUCCGAGUGCACGCACUGGCCAAAAAACAAGGACGAAAAUCGGACAACACCGAAAGGCAAUUCCAACGGCACUGAGGACGACAACAUCAUUGUCAUCGAUUAG